UUUAGCACCCAAAAUAGCAACUCCUUUGAAGAUGCUGAAUGGGGGAUGCAUUUACAACAGUCCGGUUGCGGCUCCUCUUCCGCUGCCGGAGCACCGACCGGCGUCGAUAAGGAGGAGGUUCGAGCCGACCAUUCGAGGAUUAGAAUCGGCAAAUUGUUUUGUUCGUGUAACUAAUUAACCGGGCAAUUUCUUGGUUGCCUUGUAGUUUAUAUCUGAUAUGGUUAUGACUAGUGUCUGAUAUGAGCUGAAUAAUCUGUCGAAUAUAUGCCAUAAAUUGAGAAGCUCGCUUAGAUUUUGAGUCUGGAGCUGAUGAGUGAUGGUUAUAGGCCUUGGAUUGAAAUUCAAGUCCUGGCCGUCCAGAAUACUAUACCCAAAGCACUACCAUUCUCUUCUUUCAGCAGAUCGGAAUCUCAUUUCUCUACUGAAAUCUUGCAAACAAGCCUCUGAAACCUCUCAAAUCCAUGGCUUACUGGUAAAGUCAGGCCUGGACUUGGUGCCUUUCACAUUGAGCAAGCUUCUUGCAUCCUCUGUACUGGUGAGCAUAGACCAUGCAGCUUCAAUCUUCAAGCACAUUCAAAACCCUAGUCUUUUCAUGUUCAAUACCAUGCUCAGGGGUUAUUCAAUUUGCGAUGAUCCAGAAAAAGCUUUUUUGCUGUACAAUUACAUGAGGGCUCAAAACAUUUUGUUAGAUCAGUUCUCUUUUGUAUCAACCCUCAAAUCUUGUUCUAGGUUGUGUGCUACUUGGAAGGGUCAGGGGAUUCAUUCAGUUGUUGUAAGAUCUGGGCAUGAUCUGUUUGUCAAUGUAAAUAAUGCUUUAUUGCACUUCUAUUGUGUUUGUGGGGAAAUUGGAGAUACCCGUCAGAUGUUUGAUGAAUUUCCCCAAAGAGAUUUGGUUUCUUGGAAUACUCUAAUGGGUGGAUAUCUUCAUGCAUCUCAACCCUCUGUGGUUAUAGAUUUGUUCAGGCAGUUGCAUAGGGACACCAUGAGAAUUGGUGCCUGUACGAUCUUGAGUGCUUUAUCGGCUGUUGGUCAUGUGGGGAAUAUUCUGGGAGGAGAAUCUUUUCAUGGCUAUUGCAUCAAGACUGGAUUUUGCUUGGAUUUGAACGUGGCUACUGCGAUGAUUGCAAUGUAUGGAAAAAUUGGUCUUAUUGAUUCAGGAAGAAGAAUUUUCAAUGAAGUUCCUGCGAAGGAUAUUGUCUUGUGGAACUGUUUAAUCGAUGGGUAUGCUAAAAGUGGCUUAUUAGAAGAAUCACUAGCUUUACUACAAACAUUGAAACUUGAACAACUGAAACCAAAUUCAUCUACAUUGGCUGGUUUGCUUUCAGCCUGUGCUGCCUCUGGAGCUCUGGCUGUAGGGCAAUCCAUACAUAACUACGUGGAUGUGGAACAACCCGGGUUAGAUGCAGUUCUUGGCACCGCUCUGGUAGAUAUGUACUGCAAAUCUGGCAUGCUGGAUAAGGCCAUCGAGGUAUUUGACAGAAUUGAGAGCAAAGACGUAAAAUCUUGGACAGCCAUGAUCUCGGGUUUUGGGAUGCAUGGACAAGCCAAAAAUGCCAUUGCAUUCUUUCAGAGGAUGAAGGAGGAAGGUCAUAGACCCAAUGAAGUCACUUUCUUGGCAGUUUUGAGUGCUUGUAGCCAUGCUGGGCUGGUGAAAGAAGGGAUGAGCUGUUUUGAGAGCAUGGUUCAAGAUUAUGGCUUUACACCUAAGGCUGAACACUAUGGAUGUAUUGUUGAUCUCUUGGGUCGUGCCGGGUUGCUGGAGGAAGCAUAUAAACUGAUUGAGGGUUUGACCAUUGAAGCCGAUGCUACUGCAUGGCGUACAUUGCUUGCAGCGUGCAGAGUGCACGGCAAUGUUUCUUUGGGGAAGCAUGUGAAGAAACUGUUAGAGAAUAUAUUUGAAGAACAUCCGGCUGAUUCAAUCGUUCUCUUGAGUACUUGUGCUAUUGCGGGGAGGCUUCCUGACAACGUAAGCAUGCAGGAGAUAAAGGAAGGAAGAAUAGGGAAAAGUUCUGAGUCCAUGCUGAUUGAAUUGAAGGAAGCUGGAUGUAGCAGCAUUGAGGUGGAGAAUCAAAGGUGAUAGCAGAGUUGGGAAGGAGUAAGGCCUCAAGUGUGUUCAGCUCAUGAAACGCCAGUAACUUCAAAGAUCAUCAGUCUUUUGGCUUGUUAACCAGUUUUCAGGAGAUGAUCUUAAAAACAGCGAUGCAAAACAACUGGUUCAAAAGCCGCUGUCACUAGUAGGCAUCAAUGUUGCCGGAGGACUAAUUGCCGAACAUGGCAUGGGCAUCGCAGAACAGGAGUUAAAUCAGAUGCUGAAAACACAAGGAAGAAAGGCAGUUCAGUUUUGCUCCCAGAGAUCGUGUCUACAAAUGCAAGAUGUGCCUGUGCCUGGAAGAAGGGCACAAUAUAGUUAAAGGACAUUGCCCAAGUAGAAACAGGGACCCCAUUGAACAAUAGCUCCAAAGCCUGAUCAUAUGUCAUCAUCUUUUUGUUCAGAUGUAUGGCUCAAAACUGGGUUAGAAUUGCGAUUGUUUCUUGGUGAUGUAAUGUGUCCUUAUGCAUCAUUCUAGUAUGGGAAAUAGAGUUGAAUUUAUUGUGAGUUCA